GCUUGGCGCUCAUAUGAGAGCAGAGCGUGGAUGCGAUUGGCUGUCGCUCCAGCAGCGCAGCGUCCACGCACAAAACCCCGAGAGCGCGCACCAAACGCAACACACUCAACACACGUCUCACACACUUUCUUCAUCUCCACCGACACACUACAGCUUCGGGCUUUUCGUUUUUGUUUUCGUGUGAUGAUAUCUUGUCGGAGAGUUAAGCACACUUGAACAGCAUAGCGUGUUCUAAUAAAGCUUUCCUUGGCGUCAUGGAUCGCCUGCUGGUUCUCCUUCUGGGAUGGAGCUGCGUGUGUUCUGGAUAUUGUGCCAUGCUGAAAGAUCACUUCGCUAGACUAACGAAGGAUUUUGGACACAAAACGGACACGUAUCAGUCGGAGAAGUCCGUGCAGGAUACAGUGUCCGAGCACAUGCAGAUGCUCUACAGCAAAUACACGAGCGCGAGCUUUCCGCUCCGGGACGGCAACACGGUGCGCAGCUUUAAAGCGCACUCGGGUACCAUCGACAACAAGCAGCUUCAGAUAUUCAAUCUAACAUCCCUAACCAACUCGGAGGAUGUUCUCUCAGCAACGCUGCACUAUUAUAUCGGAGACUUUCUGAACAGUAGCCAAAGAUGCUUAAAGUCCAAAUCUUGUGCUCGUCAUGGCCUCAGGCGGCACGGUCACGUUCACCUCAGCAUCUGGAGCUUCGCCUCUGUAAACGACAGCACCAGAACCCUCGGACACUUCCUCAUUAACGUCUCCACAGUCUACAGAGACUUCAUAUCAUGGCAGUGGAGGGACAUCACUCGUAUAGUCAACGAAGCAAAGCAUCAUGAUGAGCUUCUCAUUGGCAUUGCUGUCGAUUCACAAGGACAACAACCAUGGAAGAAGCUCUUGUCCGACCAUUCACCCUACAUCCUGGUUUUCGCCAACGACUCAGCUAUCUCCGAGCCCGAAAGCGUGGUGUCCACUCUCCAGAGACACAAAGGGAGCUUAGUGCCUGGACUUCAGAAACUCAGGCUACACAACCACAAUAGCACUUUACCACACAGGACGAAGCGCUCCGCCAAUAUCCUUUUACCACUGCAGAACAACGAACUCCCGGGUCCUGAAUACCCUUAUGAGAUCCACACCUGGGAUGAGACUAGCCCAUAUGACCCUGUUGAGAACAAGGCAGCCAAGCGAUCGCGCAAGAAACCUCGCAAGAACCCGAGAGACAAAAACCCCCUUCUGCAGUUUGAUGAACAGACCAUAAAGAAAGCAAGGAAGAAGCAGUGGAACGAGCCCAAGAACUGCGCUCGCAGAUACCUUAAGGUGGACUUCGCUGAUAUUGGCUGGAGUGAAUGGAUUAUCUCUCCAAAGUCUUUUGAUGCUUAUUACUGUUCAGGAUCCUGUCAGUUUCCAAUGCCAAAGUCCCUGAAACCUUCCAACCACGCCACCAUCCAGAGCAUCGUCCGAGCAGUCGGGGUUGUCCCUGGCAUUCCAGAGCCCUGUUGUGUCCCGGAGAAGAUGUCUUCCCUCAGCAUCCUCUUCUUCGACGAGGACAAGAACGUGGUCCUGAAGGUCUACCCGAACAUGACAGUGGACUCCUGCGCCUGCCGAUAAUGUCACGUUUUUAUCCGUUCACACACCAGACUCUGCCUGAUCACCCGAUCUUCCUGUUAUUAUCCCAUUCCCAUUUUGCACUGGAUGAGAGACUACAUCCCCGUAGCUACAUGAAGAUGAUUCCGUUCUGUUUCUAAAGAACAACUGCUAUUUGUUAAGCUUCAAGUCUGAAUGAACUGUCUGGAAGGAAAGCGCAGAUUUUGCAAAAUCACCCACCCAAUUGAACACAAGUCAUUCUGUGACAUGGCUGUUAUGAACUUUUUGAAGAGACUUCUUUUCUUUUUCUGUUUUCCUUCUGUUCUCUUUGGAUGUGUAGAUUUUUCCGUGUUGAGGAUGUAGGGAUAAACGAUAAUAUGAAUUUGUACAGGGUUUUUUGUUUUUCUUUCUUUCACUAUUAAGCUGUUACUAUUCCUUCACAUUUACUAUACUCAUAAUCAAUUUAAUCUUAACAUUCAUAUCUACUGCUGCUAUAUAAAGAGAUAUAUUUUAUUCCAAUGCCAAAAUGUUUUAUUAUUAUGAACUCAGUAUGUCGAUGCAUUUGUAAAUGAGUGCUUUUAAUACACUGCUCACGAGCACCAUUUGCUGUAGACUGUUCAACAACGUACCUUAAGGACAUCAAUUAGAAUGAUAAAUAAAUCAAAUGAAUAAAUGGAUAUUUGUUUUUUUACUGAUAGAACUUGUGCACGGGCCACAUGUAGCUCCUCUUCAGUCCGAUCUCAGUCUGAACUCACUGACCAAGUGCCCUUGUUGACUUCAUGUUGUUUAAUUCCAUGUGAACAUUAAUGGUAUCAUGCUUUUUCUCUCUCUCUCUCUCUCUCUCUCUCUCUCUCUCUCUCCUGUAAAUACCACAAAACCACUAUUUUGGCUCAGAAUACAUUACCUUAGUGAUGUAUCAAGGUGUCACAAUUUACCCAAGUUUCAGAAAAAAAUGCUUAGAAGCAAACCUCUGUUUUUCACUUCACGCCAAAACACAUUUUUAGGGCAUUGAGCAAUAAGCUUUUCUUGAAAACGUGGAAUAUACUUCAAUACGCCAAGCUACCAAUCACAGAGUAUGCUAAUUAUAACACAUAUGAAAAUAGAUCCAGGACUAUGUACUUGUAUAAAUGAUACGGAUCUCAAAAGUGCCUUCCAAAAAAAUUGGUCUAAAAUGGUUUAUCAGUUAAUUUGGUCUAUUUCUAUAAAAAAGUCUUUUUUUCCAUCAUUCUGUUCCUUUCAUUUUACGUCUCUUAUAUUUACACAGAAACGACGCUCAUAUCUUUUUCCAGUGCAUGUUAACAAAUGUAUAUUUUUCACGUUUGACAUUUUAUACACAUGCGACAUAUGCAGAUUAAAGAAAAAAAUAUAUAUAUGUAAAAGUGAGCAACUACCUUAAUAUAUAACACAAAAAAAGCAACAAAAAAAAAAACAGAGCUCUUCUUCAAUAUUUGUAUAAUAUAUUUUUUACAGAAAGGCCUUCCUAUACUAUUCUAUGUAAUCUAUUGUGUAAAUGAUUUAGGUGUAAGGUUGUGCUUGUAUAAUAAGCUUCAUAAGAAAUUAUAUUUGUAUAUGGAAAUGAGCUUUAAAUGCAUUUAUUUAUUUUCUGUAUGUUACUUUUUUUUUUUGUCUUUAUGGGCAAGGAAAGCCUUCAGUGAGAUUGGUUUGGAGCCUUCACAUGAAUAAUGUAAAUUUCCUUUAGAGUUACCGAUGAAAGUUUGU